CUCAGCAUGACACUGAGCUUGUGAUUUGUUAUAACUCUGGGUAUCUUUCAUACACGUGAUUUUAUCCUAAUUAUUAAUUAAAAUGGGUGUACAAAUCAAUAUAUAAAUGAGUAUAUUUUCGACUAGGGUCGUCGUGUUUUGGGUUUAAUAAACCUUCACUUGUACCAGUCUUGUCGUUCUUACUUCACUUUGUUGGGAUUGCAGUGGUACCUCGUUUUACAAGUAUAAGUAAUAAGUGAACCCAACAUAACACUUAGUGACGACUAGACAUGACAAUUGGUGACAAAUUCAUAAUAAGUGACGAUCAGUCAUGAAAUGUCAAUAUGUGCAAAACGUGUCAAUUUCAAAUGCAUGAAAUUCAAUUACAUGAGUAUUCAGAUGUACUAGUUCAUACGUGAUUUCUUUUGUAGGCUGUAAGUAGAAUUUUUCACUAAACAAGUUUAAUAAUUGUUUACGACUGGUUGAUUUAACUAGUUGAUUAAACAUUGUUCUGAUCAAUACAUGAAAACAUAUAUAUACAAAUACAAUCCUGUCGAUAUGUGUGCAUUCUUAUCAUUAUUAUUAACAUUAUUAAUACAUAAAACUAAAACCAAUUUCAAUCAUUUCACACCCCAUACUAUGCGUUAUUGAAACUAGUAGAAUGUUUCAAUUCAAUCAAAGUUUUUGUAGACAAACUCAACGACUAUAAUUUUUAGAUCAACUCACGAAAAUAUUCCUCUCAAUGGCUCUGUGUCGUUUCGCUUGGUACAAACUACCAUUUUUCGCCGUUAUACACGCAUUAUUCUGGCUGCCAACCACGUAUCUGAUCGCGAUUUCCAAUGACCAUAUUUCACCAGUCGUACCAUAUGUAAGCGCACUUGGUAUCUAUCCACCGGAAAAAUACAUGUUCAUGGUUCUAAUGUCAAGUUAUGGAAUAAUGGCUACUUUGAGUCAAUGGAUUUGGUGUUGGAAAGCUGGAGAUCAAAUAAGAAAAAUGAGAAGAUCCAUAAUACUUCAUUUUCUACGUGUAGUUGUUGCGGUAUUUAUGACGAUAGCUGGGAUGUGUAUAGUCGGACUUUCUUUUAUUAACACAAAAGAAAACAACGCUGAACAUUAUCAUUUGACUUUAUUGAAUUUUAUUUGUCAUGUUAUUGCAAUUCCUUGUGGAGCAGUUGUAAUCGCCUGUAUUUCAAACAAAUGGAUAUUAUAUUGUUUUGGCAGACUAUUUGUUGUUAUUCAAAUGGUACUGGCAUCUGCUUCAUUUGUACAUUUCAAUAUGAUUGGACUUAAAGUUUUAAAAGCGAAAGAUUUCUUCUAUAUCAAACCUUAUGAAUCGGGUUAUAUUGAAUUUGUAUGGAGUGCAGUAAGCGAAUGGUGCGUUGUUUUGGGUUGUGCAGAAUUAACAUUUAUAAUAGCUUUGGAACUUCGAGAUUUUCAAAAAUCGGUUAUGAAUUUACAAAGAAGUUCGAAUUUAGAUGUGUAGUUAGUUUAAAAGGAAAAGAUCCAAAAUGUAAAAAAUAUAUUUUU